GGCUACAUCUGCGCACAUGAGCGAUCCCAUCCCAAAAAAAAGAGAAGAUAAACGCACCCAUUCUAACUACUGGGAUAUCAAUGUCUUCUUCUGAUUCACCAGUCCCGAAUUGUUCUAUAAAGGCGGAAUAUUCACCCAUGUUGAGUGAUCUUCAUGAGAUACUCCAGUCAACUGCUGAGCCCAACAAUGGAUCAAAUGGGUUCAAUGUUAAGAUUUCUGCGUCUGAUAAAAAUACAGGAGCCAAAUCAAACGAUUUGAGCGCCGGAUUUCGUCCCCAAUUAGAUGAGGAUACUGCCGUUGCAGUGCGAGUUCGUGAUCUUGAGAGAAUGAAGGAACUCGAUAACUUCAUAGCUUCUGCUUUAGCCCAGUUUCAAUUCGAUGAAUUUAUAAAAAGGCUCACUAUGGCAAAGGGGGAACUACAACGAUUUUAUACGUGUAAGACACAAAUUGAUGCUGAUCAAGGAGAAGAGAUCAACAGCAACAUCGAGAUCAUGAAAGCAGAUCUUCUAGAGUCAAACAAGGUUCUUUCCAUAAUCAUGGAACAAGUCUGUACUUUUAAGCAUCUGAAAGCGGAAUUUCCGGAGUCGAAAGAGGAGGAAUCAGCGUUUGAGAAACAAGAAGUUAUUGACAAACUUCAGGAGGCAAAAAAUAAGCUAAGGGCACUAGAACUGAUGUGUGUCAGGUUACAUACCAUGAUAGAUCAAUGUUCGAGAAUAUUGGGAGGAAGAUGGAAAAACUAUUAAAAUGGAGAAAUCGACAUCCUGAGACAUUCAAAGUCGAAGGCGAGGUAGCCACACCAGUCUCUUACGAGCCGUUUAAAUUAUCAAGCAAGAAAGUUACAACAGAAAGUGGUCUCACGCCUGCUCUGGCUUCCAUAAUUUGCCUCGUCA